UUUUGCUAAUAACCAUAUGUCCUUAAAGUAUAAUAUUUUAAAACAUUCAAACAUGAACUAAAAAAAAUCUUAAAGAAACAAACCAUAAAGUAAAGGUCUCACAUGCUCUUGUGUUCACCAGCUUCAGAAUACGCAUCUUUAAUCUAAAGUACAGGCAUGCGGUACAAGUUUCUCUCUUUCGAAUGUACCUCGGUUUUGUGCGUCAUAUUAAAAAUCAUUGUCCGCAUCAUUAGAUAUAUUUAGGCAUUGUUGAAAACAAAUAUCAGAUUAAACAGAUGCAUACCAAACAAUGUCACAUGGAAAGUUCGUUUUUUUAGAUACAUGCUUUACAUAUUUUGCGCCUGCGACUCCACAGGGUUCAAAUAUAACAAUGCUUUUUGAAGUUUGUUCACGAGACGGGUCAAAUAAUUCCAUCGUGUGUAAAUUACAUCUGGAUGAUACGAGGGAGGAAACACAAACGAGACAUCUUGGACCCUCACAGAAAAACAUUUCAUGGAAUGAGUCUGUACGGUUCUCAUUGUGUGUAUAAGGACAGCCCACAUUCAUCUGUUCGAAACUCUUGUUCCUGAACCGUACGAGUAGCCUAGAUCAUGGAAGUCGCUCCUGCUGUUGCUGCUCCUGCGCCUGCUGUCGCCGCACCGGUGAAAGCAACUAAGAAGAAGACGGCAGCACCUAAGCCGAGGAAGGUUGGACCCAGUGUGAGCGACCUCAUCGUCAAAACCGUGUCCGCCUCCAAAGAGCGCAGCGGAGUUUCUCUGCCGGCGCUUAAGAAACUCUUGGCCGCCGACGGCUACGACGUGGAGAAGAAAAACUCCCGUGUCAAGACCGCUUUGAAGAAUCUGUUGGAAAAGGGAACCCUGGUCCAUACCAAGGGCAACGGAGCUUCUGGUUCUUUUAAGAUCAGCAAAGAGGAGAAGAAGCCAUUAACUAAGCCUGCUGCCCCUAAAGCUAAGAAGACCGCUGUCAAGAAGCCCGCCGCCGUCGAGAAGUCUCCCCGAAAGGUGAAGACACCACGGAGUGUUACCCCCAAGAAGGCCCAAAAGCCCGCUGCGGCCAAAAAGUCCUCGAUCAAGAAAAGCCCCAAGAAGGUUGUAGCCAAGACUCUAAAGAAGGCGCCCAAGCCUGUCGUUAAGAAAUCCCCCGCAAAUAAAUCCCCGGAGAAGAAGGCAUCCAAGCCCAAAGCCGUCAAGAAGACGGCCCCAAAGAAGAAGUAAUCUCACUUAGUUUUUGUUAAAAAACCCAAAGGCUCUUUUAAGAGCCAACCACACUACCUUAAGAGCCUAUUUUCUUGUGUAUUUAUGCAUAGGCAAACCAUGAUGUGAGCCAUUAAUUAUAGAGCCGUUUAUCAUGGGAAAAUACAUUAUAGCGUGAUCAUGUUAGAUGAAACCAAUUAUUCCUUAUUCUAGUGGGCGGACUCACGGUGACCAGAUUUUCAAGAUCUGAUCAGAUUAAUUAUAGAUCAGAUCAAUGUAAACACGAAAUAUAAUGGCCUAUUUUGAGAAUAUUGC